CCCGGCAGCCCCCGGGUCCCGCGCCGCCGUUUCCCGCCGCCUCCCGGCGCUCCGUUCCCGCCAUGGCGGGGUUCGAUCCGGCGGCGCUGCCCGAGCUGCUCCCGGUCUAUUACCGGCGGCUCUUCCCGCACGGCCCCUACGGCCGCUGGCUCAGCUACGGCGGCGUGAAGAACUUCCAGCUGCGGGAAUUCUCCUUCACCCUGCGGGACGAUGUCUACCUGCGCUUCCAGUCCUUCAGCAGCCCCCAGGAGCUGGAGCGGGAACUGCAGAAGAUCAACCCCUACAAAAUCGACAUCGGCGCUGUCUAUUCCCACCGGCCCAACCAGCACAACACGGUGCACCUGGGAGCCUUCCAGCCGCAGGAGAAGGAGCUGGUGUUUGACAUUGACAUGACGGAUUAUGACGAUGUCAGGACGUGCUGCAGCUCGGCUGAUAUCUGCUCCAAGUGCUGGACGCUGAUGACCAUCGCCGUCCGCAUCAUCGACCGCGCGCUCGUGGAGGACCUGGGCGUGCGGCACCGCCUGUGGGUGUACUCUGGCAGGAGGGGUGUGCACUGCUGGGUGUGCGACGACCACGUCAGGAAAUGGUCCCCAGCCCUGAGGGCAGCGGCUGUGGAGUACCUGAGCCUGGUCAAGGGCGGAGCAGACACGGUGAAGAAGGUGAGCCUGGCCCAGCCCGUGCACCCCUUCAUCAGGCGCUCGGUGGCACUGAGCCCUGUGUCCCUGAUCCCGUGUCCCCGUGCCAGGCGCUCGGUGGCCGUGGUGCAGCAGUACUUUGAGCGGCACGCGCUGCUGGCACAGGACAUCCUGGGCAGCCCCGAGAGGUGGGACAAGGUGCUGGCCCUGCUCCCCGAGGAGCUGCGGGAGCCGCUGCAGGCGGAGUUUCCCCGCAAGAAGGACUCGGUGCAGCGCUGGGAGCUGCUGCGGGCCCGCGCCGAGCGCGAGCGGGAGCGGGGCCGGGCCGGGCACCCCGAGUGGGAGGUGAUGCUGCAGCUCUGCUUCCCCCGCCUGGACUGCAACGUCAGCAAAGGGCUCGGCCACCUGCUCAAGAGCCCCUUCAGCGUGCACCCCAAAACAGGGCGCAUUUCAGUCCCUCUGGACCUGCAGAAGUUGGAUGAGUUUGAUCCAUUCUCAGUGCCCACCAUCACGUCCCUGUGCCAGGAGCUGGACGCGGCCGGCAGCGAUGGCGAGCAGGACGAGGGGGGGGACACCGAGCCCAAACGGCGCAUGAGGGACUACAGGAGGACCAGCCUGGCCCCGUUCGUGCGGCUCCUGGAGCAGUUCGUGGAGGGGCUGGAGAGCGCCCGGCGGGGAGAGCGCAUCCGCCGCAGCGAUCUCCAAGGAGAUUUCUGAGGCCUGGACGCUGCCGGUGUUGUCACUGUCACCUCCCCUGGCCCUGGGGGUCCCCAGGCCCCCAUCCCUGCCCUGUUUUUGUACCUUUUGUACUGUUUUUUUUUUUACACAAAAACCAUUAAAUGUUUCU